AUGCUCUUGUAUAAAACAACAGACAGCAUCAAUCAACAACCCUGCCAUACUUACGUCAACAACAGACAACAUCAAUCAACAACCCUACCAUACUUACGUCAACAACAGACAACAUCAAUCAACAACCUUACCAUACAUACGUCAACAACAGACAGCAUCAAUCAACAACCCUACCAUACUUACAUCAACAACAGACAACAUCAAUCAACAACCCUACCAUACUUACAUCAACAACAGACAACAUCAAUCAACAACCCUACCAUACAUACGUCAACAACAGAACCCUACCAUACUAACGUCAACAACAGACAACAUCAAUCAACAACCCUACCAUACUUACGUCAACAACAGACAGCAUCAAUCAACAACCCUACCAUACUUACGUCAACAACAGACAACAUCAAUCAACAACCCUACCAUACUUACGUCAACAGCAGACAACAUCAAUCAACAACCCUACCAUACUUACGUCAACAACAGACAACAUCAAUCAACAACCUAACCAUACUUACGUCAACAACAGAAAGCAUCAAUCAACAACCCUACCAUACUUACAUCAACAACAGACAACAUCAAUCAACAACCCUACCAUACCUACGUCAACAACAGAAAGCAUCAAUCAACAACCCUACCAUACUUACAUCAACAACAGACAACAUCAAUCAACAACCCUACCAUACUUACGUCAACAUUAGACAACAUCAAUCAACAACACUACCAUACUUACGUCAACAACAGACAACAUCAAUCAACAACCCUACCAUACUUACGUCAACAACAGACAACAUCAAUCAACAACCCUACCAUACUUACGUCAACAACAGAAAGCAUCAAUCAACAACACUACCAUACUUACAUCAACAACAGACAACAUCAAUCAACAACCCUACCAUACUUACGUCAACAACAGACAACAUCAAUCAACAACCCUACCAUACCUACGUCAACAACAGAAUGCAUCAAUCAACAACCCUUCCAUACCUACAUCAACAACAGACAACAUCAAUCAACAACCCUACCAUACAUACGUCAACAACAGACAACAUCAAUCAACAACACUACCAUACUUACGUCAACAACAGACAACAUCAAUCAACAACCCUACCAUACUUACGUCAACAACAGACAACAUCAAUCAACAACACUACCAUACUUACGUCAACAACAGAAAGCAUCAAUCAACAACCCUACCAUACUUACGUCAACAACAGACAACAUCAAUCAACAACCCUACCAUACUUACGUCAACAACAGAAAGCAUCAAUCAACAACCCUACCAUACUUACAUCAACAACAGACAACAUCAAUCAACAACCCUACCAUACUUACGUCAACAACAGACAACAUCAAUCAACAACACUACCAUACUUACGUCAACAACAGACAACAUCAAUCAACAACCCUACCAUACUUACGUCAACAACAGACAACAUCAAUCAACAACACUACCAUACUUACGUCAACAACAGAAAGCAUCAAUCAACAACCCUACCAUACUUACGUCAACAACAGACAACAUCAAUCAACAACCCUACCAUACUUACGUCAACAACAGAAAGCAUCAAUCAACAACCCUACCAUACUUACAUCAACAACAGACAACAUCAAUCAACAACCCUACCAUACCUUCGUCAACAGCAGACAACAUCAAUCAACAACCCUACCAUACUUACGUCAACAACAGACAGCAUCAAUCAACAACCCUACCAUACUUACGUCAACAACAGACAACAUCAAUCAACAACUCUGCCAUACUUACGUCAACAGCAGACAACAUCAAUCAACAACCCUACCAUACUUAGGUCAACAACAGACAACAUCAAUCAACAACCCUACCUUACUUACGUCAACAACAGACAGCAUCAAUCAACAACCCUACCAUACUUACGUCAACAACAGACAACAUCAAUCAACAACCUUACCAUACUUACGUCAACAACAGAAAGCAUCAAUCAACAACCCUACCAUACUUACAUCAACAACAGACAACAUCAAUCAACAACCCUACCAUACCUACGUCAACAGCAGACAACAUCAAUCAACAACCCUACCAUACUUACGUCAACAACAGACAGCAUCAAUCAACAACCCUACCAUACUUACGUCAACAACAGACAACAUCAAUCAACAACCCUGCCAUACUUACGUCAACAGCAGACAACAUCAAUCAACAACCCUACCAUACUUACGUCAACAACAGACAACAUCAAUCAACAACCCUACCAUACUUACGUCAACAACAGACAGCAUCAAUAA